AUGAACGAGAAGGAGAGACAAUCUGGCGAGCAGCCACGGGACACCCAAGAGCCUGUACUGCCUACAGUCAACCCGGAAACGAAGCAACCAGAGCCCGCGAAGGCAGGACUGCACCCGGCAUUCUACAUCGCAACAUGGAUCUCGCUCUCGUCCAGUGUCAUCAUCUUCAACAAGUGGAUCCUAGACACGGCAGGCUUCAGAUACCCAAUCGUGCUUACAACAUGGCAUUUGGCAUUUGCGACACUCAUGACCCAGAUCUUGGCACGAACGACGAAGACGCUGGAUGGACGUAAGAAGGUCCCAAUGACUGGCAAGAUUUACCUGAGGGCGAUCAUGCCAAUCGGUCUCAUGUUCUCGCUGAGCUUGAUCUGUGGUAACUUGACAUACUUGUACCUGUCUGUCAGCUUCAUUCAGAUGUUGAAGGCUACCACACCAGUCGCUGUACUCAUCGCAUCCUGGAUCUUCGGUGUUGCGCCUCCAAACUUGAAGACACUCGGCAACGUUUCCUUCAUCGUGAUCGGUGUCAUCAUUGCAUCCUACGGCGAGAUCAAGUUUGUCUUGACCGGAUUUCUCUUCCAGGUUGGAGGUAUCAUCUUCGAGGCAACCCGUCUGGUCAUGGUACAGCGAUUACUUUCUAGCGCUGAGUUCAAGAUGGACCCGCUUGUCUCGCUCUACUACUUCGCUCCGGCUUGUGCUAUCAUGAAUGGCAUUGUCGCGCUGCUCGUUGAAGUGCCAAAGAUGAGCUUGGCAGAUAUCGAGAAGGUCGGCUACAUUACUCUGCUUGUGAACGCCAUGAUUGCGUUCCUCUUGAACGUCUCGGUAGUGUUCCUGAUCGGCAAGACAUCCUCCCUCGUCAUGACUCUCUCGGGUGUUCUGAAGGAUAUUCUCCUCGUCGUGGCAUCGAUGGUCAUCUUCCAAGACCCAGUCUCCGGCAUCCAGGCAUUCGGUUACUCGAUCGCACUUGGGGGACUCGUCUACUACAAGCUCGGUGGUGAGAAGCUCAAGGAACACGCAGGACAAGCGCAGCGCGCCUGGGCAGACUACGGUGUCCGACAUCCAGCACUCAGGAAGCUGCUUGUAUUCGCUUUAAUCCUCAUCACUUUCUUCGCAUUAGUGGGCGGCGCUAGCCAAAGUGGCUACGUGCCAGCAGCAUACGACCCAAGCAAGCUCACAACCGAUGCAUACAAGCAAUGGGCUGGCAAGACUGGGCAAUAG